UUCAGAUUGAGGCGCAGGAUGUCUACGGGAGCACAGAUCGCUGCAAUGGAUCUAACAGCUGUCAAACGAUUAAAUUAAGUAGAUUAGAGACAUCCAAGCACAUGUUGCGAAUAUUUAAGUAUUUAUUAAACCUUGAUAGUAGGUGGGAACUGUUUGAUUGUUGGCUAUAGUGGAAAAAUCUGGAUUUUGUUAGGCUGAUCGAUCAAAACUGAGGAUCGCGUUUGUGUCGCAAGUUCACUAGCUGGCCAUCUUGAGUUUGCUGAACUGGUCGACCAGCCAGUUUACCUGCGAGGUGAUAGCUUGCUAGCUUGCUAUUCAGCCUCCAACUGCUAGCUUGAGUUCUUCAUUCAAACGUUUGGCAUUGGACUGUGCUGCCAGUGUGGCCUGUCAGGGCAUCAUGGCUGACAGCAGUAUCAUUACCUUGGGGACUGCUCGCAGUUUGCUGGUGGACGUGUCUGUCUGCGACUCCAGGAUGGUAGACCACACGUUCCUGGACAUGGCUUGUGAUGACAUGGAAGACAUGCUGCCGCGAGUGGAGACCAGAGUGGUGCUGGUGGGAGAUGCAGGCAAAAAUGAAGCACUCGUCAAAGCACUACAGGCCAUCAAAGUGAUGGAGGUUCCCGUGGUUAAGCUAAAGGGCGGAGAACCAGGCCUCAAUGCCGGAGAGAAACUCAUGAUUAAGUCUAUAGUCAAUAUGGACAUCAACAAAACCUGCUUGAAGACGGACAACGUCCGGGAGUUCGGGGACGGCGAGAAUGCCGAGUUUGAGACGGUGUUUGUGCUCAAGGACUUCGACACGCCCGACUACAGCUACCUGUACAAGAACGACAACCGCAUCGUGGGUCCCCCUGUGGUGCUGUACUGUGCUGGGAGGGAGGAGCCUCUCCCGUUCUCCUCACGGCCUCUCUACUCCACCACCAUGCUGAACCUCUCCCUGUGUUUCACCGGCUUCAGGAACAAGGAGGAAGUGAAAAACCUGGUGAACCUGGUGCACCACAUGGGCGGUACAAUCCGGAAGGACUUCAGCACCAAGGUGUCCCACCUCAUCGCCUACUCCACGCACGGAGAGAAGUACAAGCUGGCCGUGUGCAUGGGGACCCCCAUCCUCACCCCCGCCUGGAUCCACAAGGCCUGGGAGCGCAGGGAUGAGGUAACCUUCCAUGCCGGCGACGAGGCGUUCCGCACCGAGUUCAAGGUGCCGCCCUUCCAGGACUGCGUGCUGAGUUUCCUGGGCUUCUCCGAGGAGGACAAAACCAACAUGGAGGAGAGGACCCUCAAACACGGUGGUCUCCAUCUGGAGGUGGGAGAUGAGAAGUGCACACAUAUGGUUGUCGAGGAGAACUCCGUGAAAGAGCUGCCCUUCGCGCCAGCCAAGAAGCUCUACGUGGUCAAACAGGAGUGGUUCUGGGGCAGCAUCCAGAUGGAUGCCAGGGCAGGGGAGUCCAUGUACUCCUAUGAGAGGACGGACAGCCCCACGAUGAAAAAGGCUGUGUCGCUGCUCUCCCUCAACACCCCCAACAGCAACCGCAAGAGACGGCGCCUCAGGGACACCCUGGCCCAGCUCACCAAGGAGACGGACAUCUCGCCCUUCCCCCCCCGCAAGCGUCCCUCGGCCGAGCACUCCAUGUCCAUGGGCUCCCUGCUGGACUUCUCCAACACCCCGGACACGUGCAAGGCCCUGGCAGAAGCCAGUGUAGGAAGCGGCAGGCGUAGGAGAGGUGGAGGAAUGGAGGAGAGGAGGAGCAGGCGAACGAGGGAGAGGAGGAGUAGGACAGACAGGCAGGGCGACUGCUCCUUCCAACGCACUAGCACCCCCCAGCCAGCCUCGGCCCUCCCCAGCCCCCAACAGCACACGCCGUUCAGGGAGUCCUCCCUCAGAGAACCAGGCCCCGGUCUCCAGACCUCCAGCCCCUGUCCCGACCAGCCUCACCCAGAGACCCUGUCCCCCAGUCCCCACCAGUCACUCACAGAGAGCACUCCUAUUUUCAGUCUCCAGCAGUACCACCCUCUGUGUCCAAGCCCCUGCCAGGCCCACACUAGACAGGCUGACCCCAGAGAGAGCCCUUUCAGCUCCAAGCAGCUCCCUCAGCCAGCAGACACGGAAGCCACCUCCAGGACGGUGGACUCCAUUUCCCAGGAGGCAGUGCGUCUCAGGGAAAGUCUGAACAAAUCAGAGAGUUCCAGGCCGUCGAAGAGCUCCACCCCGGCCCCGGGCAAGCAGUCGGCCAGGUGGCACGUCUCCAAGGAGCUGUACCAGACAGAGAGCAACUACGUGGGCAUCCUCUCCACCGUGCUGCAGCUGUUUAAGAUCCCCCUGGAGAAGGAGGGCCAGGUGGGCGGGCCCAUCCUGGCCCCGGAGGAAAUGAAGACCAUAUUUGGCAGCAUCCCCGAAAUCUACGACGUCCACACCAGGAUCAAGGCUGACCUGGAGGAGCUGGUGAUGGACUGGUCUGAGGACAAGAGCGUAGGAGACAUCAUCCUCAAAUACUCUAAAGACCUGGUCAAGGCCUACCCGCCGUUCGUCAACUUCUUUGAGAUGAGCAAGGAGACCAUCGUCCGCUGUGAGAAACAGAAGCCUCGCUUCCACGCCUUCCUCAAGAUCAACCAGUCCAAGCCUGAGUGUGGUCGUCAGACCCUGGUGGAGCUGCUCAUCCGUCCUGUACAGAGACUACCCAGUGUAGCGCUGCUGCUCAACGACAUCAAGAAGCACACGUCCGAUGACAACCCUGACAAGGUCACCCUGGAGAGGGCCAUCGAGUCCCUCAGGGAGGUGAUGACCCACAUCAACGAGGACAAGAGGAAGACGGAAGGGCAGAAACAGAUCUUUGAUGUCGUUUACGAGGUGGACGGCUGCCCGGCCAACCUGCUGUCCUCCCAUCGUAGUCUGGUCCACCGCGUUGAGACCAUCGCCCUGGGAGACAAGCCGUGCGACCGUGGCGAAAACGUCACCCUCUUCCUCUUCAACGACUGUCUGGAGAUUGCCAGGAAGCGUCACAAGGUGAUCAGUACGUUCCGGAGCCCCCUGGGCCAGACCAGACCCCCGGCCCACCUCAAACACAUCACCCUCAUGCCCCUGUCCCAGAUCAGGAGGGUGCUGGACCUGCAGGACACCGAGGAUUGCCAGAAUGCCUUUGCCCUGGUGGUGCACCCCCCCACGGAGCAGGAGAACCUGCUGUUCAGCUUCCAGCUGAGCGGGGAGGACACCGUCAAGACCGCCUGGCUCAAGAUGCUCUGCAGACACAUCGCCAACACCAUCUGCAAGGCUGACGCGGAGGACCUGAUCCAGAACACAGAGCCUGACUCGGUGCAGGUCAGCACCAAGGACAUGGACAGCACCCUGAGCAAGGCCUCCCGGGCCAUCAAGAAGACCUCCAAGAAGGUGACCAGGGCCUUCUCCUUCACCAAGACCCCCAAGCGUGUGAUCCAGCGGGCCUUCAUGGCCAGCAGCACCCCAGACGAGAGGAGCCCCCGGCUGGGCUCCCACAACAUGGGCCGCAUGGGCAGCAGCUCCACCCUGGCGGCUGGCCAUUCUCCCUCCAUGGUCAACCUGUCCUCCAUGUUCGAGAGGAAGUACCACACGUUCAGCCGAUCGACCACCCACCUCAUCUGACUUCUCCCUCACCCCCUGCUCCUCCCACCCUCUCUUCCUCCCCCGCCCGGCCCCCCCUCAUCCUCACCCCCGGGGACACAGACAGAUACAGAAGCGCAGGCGGGAUGAAACACACUACUGUAACUUGGGUUCCGUUCGGACGUUCCCUCUGGUUGAUAUGCUAUGGUACUGCACUGUGUUAGGGUCUAAAGUGUUUGUUUGAUUGAUACAGGCUGUGUGGAUGGCCUGGCUGGUCAAAAUGAAGGAUGCUCUCGUUUGAACAAUGUUACGAACUGACCCUCCGUGCUUUGUUGGCACUUUUACUUUUGGCUUAUCGAAUUAACUUCACUUAUAUAUAUCAUUUAUUGAGAUUUAGUUUCACCGACAUAUUCUAUGUAGAUUUUGACGCAGCCAAUGAAAGUAUUUCUUUGUUUUAUGGGAACAAGCCUGUUGGUUUCAGUUGUUAAUAGCGUCCAGCUUUUAUAAAGCUCUCGAAUAGUUUUUACUUUUCAUGCAAAGGAUCAGGAUUAGGGGGGAAUUCAAGCAAACUGAAAAAUGAGCACAUGCUCUCUGCCAUGAUGUGCAUUUGUUUCUUGUUUUAAAAAGCCGAUGGUUUUACUCCGUCAAGGUUUUCUGUUUGAGAAGGGAAAGGGUGUCGUCCAAGUAGUCUAUAUAUUUAUUCUUCAGAAUCAUUUUAUAAAUCUAUUAAAAAAAAAGUACGUUUCUCUUAUUCUCCCCCCUAUUUUUUUUUCUUCUUCUUAGUAUUUGUGUUUUUCUCCUUUUGGUUUGUUAUACCUUUUCAAUGUUCUUAUUUGUUUGUUUGUCUUGUACGUAUCAAAUGCUUUUUCACAUGACUGAUUUAGUAUAUUUCUACUGUUUUAUUUGGUUAUGUCGCUCCGUUAUCCAUUCUUGUCACCAGCUGAAUAAAAAAAAAAAGAAAUUCGUAUUUUCACCCCAUUUAUUUGUCUUGAAUAGUGACUGUUAUUAUGUCAAGUCACUGACUGGUUGAAAGUGAUUGUAUCCAUUUGUUAAAUUUUAAUAAAAUUCCCUCUUUAUA